AUGUCCCAGCAGCGGACUCCAGGACCGCCGCCGCGCCAGGGAACCCUCAAUAUCAUCACCUUUGGCGAACCACAAGAGUCGACAUCUGUGCGAGCCAUCCGGUCCCACGCCGCCAAAGCAGGAUGGAAGUCGAGGAAGAACUCCAAGACGCUCGCCGCCAAAAAUGCCCUGCUUGGUUCCACUGCGGAAGCCGCUCCGGCUGCGGCUCAACCUGCACCACCACGCCACAAGAACUUACCUGCUGUACCAUCUCGGCUAGGAGAUGAUAUUGCCCGCAGCAUUGUACCGCCUCUGGACUCACAUAACUCACCCUCUCCUCCUUCAACAAACUCAUCCCACUCAACCCCGUCAUCAACUCAUUCAGCACAUGAUACCGCCAUGGCCUCUAUCACAGAUGACAUCGAUCUGCCAAAGUCUGGAACCACCAGCCAUGACGAAGAAGACAUAGAUCAUGGCAAUCACCAUGCAUUGCAGCUUAUUACCAAAGAGCCAACAGGCUCACAAUUCUCAUCCAUCGUACAUCCUAGCCAACUCGGCUCUACUCACGAUCCCUUCUCUCAAUUCCCGGUCCGCUGGGAAGAGUCGUUUGGCCCAUUAAUCCACUUCUACCGCAAAUGCCUUGGUGAAGUGUGGAUGGGCUUGAUCUCCGCCGAUUGGGGCCAACAAGGCAAUAUCGAGUUUGUUGAUUUUGCUCUAGAAAUCUCCAUCUCUCAGCGGGAACCCGCCAUGUUCUAUGGCGUGCUAUCCAACACUAGCGUCAUGGCUCCUGCUUCCAACUCGUUAUCCAUGCGACAACAACCAUACAUGUCUCAGUGGCUACGGCACAAAGCUGUCGAGUCUCUGAGAGAAGCCAUUAUGGAUCCAAAGCGUGCUUACACGGAUGCCGUCAUCUUGGCCGUCAAUCACGUCUUCUUCAACGAGGCACUGCGAUAUGAGCGUGACAUUGCGCUCAAUGUGCAUGGACCUGCAGUAAAGAGGAUGGUCGACGCAAGAGGAGGCUUAAGUGUCAUCGCCGCAGACGGCAGGAAUGGUCUCAUCCUCUCGCGGUACCUCUCUUGGUGUGAUCGCAUCGUCGCUUCGACACUUGAUAGCGAACCACUUUUUGGCAACUAUGUCGAAGAUCCGACUGUCGGGAGAACUCAGUGGAACGGCAUGUGGUCCAAAGUUCAGACCAUCCUGUGA